AUGGUCUCUGAGUAUCCCUGCAGAUCUCUUGCUGUUGACUGGCCCCCCGAUGUCUAUGAAACUGCACGUGUGCAAUUCAGUGCAUUCUUUGCUCCCACCGGUUGGAUUUCAGGUGCAGUCCUCUACGGCUAUCCUGAAGGCCGUAAGCAUCCACAUGCGCAUGCCAAAACUGAGGGCUUACUGGAUUUUGCCUUUGACAGGUUGACUUUGCAACCUGGCCCCAAGUUCAUGGCAGGGGAUUGGAAUUUUUCCCUUGACUCUUUGGCUGUUUCCAGACGCCUCUUGGAUGCUGGUUGGAUUGAAGCCCAAGACCUUUGGUAUGCCCGUACCGGACAAUCAGUGCGGAACACUUGCAAGGGGGCCACGCGCAAGGAUUUCUUAUGGAUUUCUCCUGAGUUAGCUCUGCGGUUUCUGGACUUGACUUUGGACUCUGAAACUUUUGCUGACCAUGCGGUCCUUGUUGCCUCUUUUGCCGGUGGUUCUGAACACCUUGAGCGGUUUGUCUGGCCUUGCCCCAAGCCUGUCCCGUGGACUUCUGUUGCACCCCUUGCCCACCCCGUGGACUUUGCAGCCCCCCUUGAUCCCACGGCCCAGUAUGCCAAGCUUUGGCAGCUCAAGGAAUCUACUGCCAAGCAAGAGUUGCAAUCUGACUGGAUGCCCAAUAUGGCUGGCAGAGCAGCCCAACUGAAACCAAAGCGUAUUGUGGGCAGCCAAGCCCCUUUGAAACAUGGGCGAGCUGGGGACGUUCAGCCAGGUUUCUUUGGAUUUUCUGCUUUGCAUGCCAAGCAAUUCAAACAAGUGCGACGUCUGCAAAACUACUGCAGGUGGGUUGACCAGCGUCCCCGCACAGGUGUUGUGGACUGCCUUCAUGGAAUUGGUCUUUGGAAUUCCAUUCUCCGUGCUCCCGGUUUUGGUUCUUCGUUCACUGACUGGUGGUUGACACGUCACUUUGUGAGCACUGCUGAUCCGGCUACCAUGCCACAAUUUUGUCCCGGCCCUGAGUUUGCCCGUCAAAUCUUUGACGCAGUUCUGGCUGAAGUUCGACUGUUUGAGCAACGCCUCCUGCGAGCACAGAUUGCCCACCGAACAGCCAGACACGAACAUGAUCGGCACUUGGUCUUUCGUGAGGUUGCCCGUGACCCACCUGAGCCAGUUGAGACCCUGAUCCAUCGGGUCGAUGCAGUGGUCAAUGCAGUUGAUGCUCAUGAAUGUGCAGUUGAGCUUGAUCGCCCGGUUGCGUUGGUUCCCCAUGAAACCCUUUGGAUUGCAGGUCAGGCACAUGAGGUCAUUCAUGCGGAAGCCGACAAAGUUUGGAUAGAUGAUGUGACGGCAAUUCAGCCCUCUGACAAACUUGUGCAGACCAAAUAUGUGGGAGAUUUGCGUGCGGUUUUUGAAGCCUUCCAUGAGCAAUGGCAACUCCGCUGGUGCAAGCAUGAUGCAGUUCCGUUCACCCAUUGGUCUGAACUUGUGGACUUUGCCAAGCAUGUCAUCCGUCCUUGCCCUGUGCAGCAUUUGGUUGUUGACGGCCCUUUGAUUCAGGCAGAAGGUUCCCGUAAGAAGAAGCGGGCAGCCACUGGACUUGAUGGGGUUAGCCGCACCGAUAUUGUCACUGCAGACCCGGCCACGCUCUCCAGCAUUGCCAACCUCUAUGCGAGGGCAGAAACUGAUGGGGAGUGGCCUACACAACUUGUGGCAGGCAAAGUCCACUCUUUGGCCAAAACCGCUGAUGCCAGCGCAGUCGGCGAUUAUCGCCCAAUCACAAUCUUUGGAUUGCCAUAUCGCAUUUGGAGCAGCAUCCAAUCGAGGCAUUUGUUGCAAUUCGCUGAAGAUUGGGUUGAUGACAGUGUCUUUGGUAACAGAAAAGGCAGGCAGGCCGCAGAUCUUUGGAAUUUCCUCCUCCAUGAGAUAGAGACUGCCUAUGCCACAUCCACUGCUUUGACAGGAAUUUCGGCCGAUUUGGUCAAGUGCUUCAACUGCAUACCUCGGUUCCCUGCUCUGUGUCUUGCGGUGUUGGUUGGCACGCCUGAUCCCGUUACAAUUGCCUGGAGUGGGGCCCUUGCCCAAAUGUGCAGGCACUUCAAGGUCCGUGAAUCCUAUUCCGAUGGGUUCUUGACUAGCACUGGCUUGGCUGAAGGAUGUGGUUUGAGCGUUUUUGGAAUGCUUCUGGUGGACCAUCUCUUUGCUUGUUGGAUGCGGGUUCAAUCUCCACAGAUCCGAUGUCUGACCUAUGUUGAUGACUGGCAAACCCUCACCUCCGACCCCUCAGUUGCUGUGCGUCAACUUGAAUUGGUUGAAAAGUUUGCUGGCCUGUUGGACUUAACUGUUGACAAGCGCAAAACCUUCGCCUGGGCUACCUGUCCUGAGCUCCGCUUGACCCUGCGGGCUGCUGGAAUUACGGUGCUGCACCAUGCACGAGAGCUUGGAGGACAUCUGGGAAUUUCCAAGCAGUACACCAACCGCACAUUGACACAGCGCAUUGCAGAGUUGGAUUCCUUUUGGAGCAAGCUCCGUUCCAGCAAGGCUCGCCUGCCUGCCAAGGUGUUCAUGUUGCGUGCUGUUGCCUGGCCGAGAGGUUUACAUGCGGUGUCCAGUGCCCCUGUCGGCAACCAAGUUUGGCUCACCCUUCGCCGCCAAGCUCUCAAGUCCCUUGGUUGGCAGCGUCCCGGAGUCAACCCCGCUGUUUUCCUGGACCUGGUUGAACGUGAUGUUGACCCCCAACUUGUUGCUUUGCAAUGGACUUUCCGUGAUUUGACCGUUCACAGUCCCGCUGACUUUUGUGCCACCACUGUUGCUCCUCUGGCGCAUGGAGAUCUUGACUUACCUCCAAAUUCUCCAGCAGUGAUCCUCCUUCACCGGUUAUUGUCGCUUGGGUGGUCGGUUGACAGUUCUGGCUUGGUGCAUGACCGUUUUGGAGCCUUCUGCCUUCAAGCCUGCAACCGCUCUGAGGUCAAACUCCGACUCACAUGGGCUUGGAAUUCCUUGGUUGCCCAGAAGGUUGCUCACCGAUCUGACUUUGAAGGUUUGGCCAACGUCGACCUUGGAGCAACGCGCAAAGCUCUGCACAGCCUUGCACCUGAUGACCAGGCCAUGUAUCGACUUAGUUUGAGCGGUGGUCUUUUUACAGAGCGGUACAAAGCCAAAUGGACUGACCAACCUGACCAGUGCCGUUGGUGUGGAGCCUCUGAUACGUUGAAACAUCGGUAUUGGGAGUGCCCACAACACCAAGACCUCAGAGAGUCCCUUGCUCCAGAUGCUACGGCUGUGCUUGACUUCCUGCCAGCCGCUCUUGCGUUGCGUGGUUGGGCCCUUCUCCCCCCUACCUGGCCGGUUUGGACUCAGUUGUUGCUGGACUUGCCUGCGGACGUUCCCUUGCCUUGGUGUACCUUCCCGAGUGCCCCUAUCGUCGAUGUGUUCACUGAUGGUUCAUGUCUGUGUCAGUCGGAUCCAUUGCUCAGAUGUGCCGCGUGGUCAGUGACCGUUGUGCCCCCUUUUCAAGCAGAUUGGCAACCUGGCCGUGUCCAUGUUUUGUGUGCGUCCUUUUUGCCUGGCCUGUGUCAGUCGGCUUACAGAGCAGAAUUGUACGCAGUUGCAUAUGCCUUACAUCGAGCUGCAGAUUCACAGACCUCAGUGCGUGUGUGGACAGAUUGCUUGGGUGUGAUAUUGAAGUUCAACUGGUUGGUGCGGGGACAACACAAAGUGAACCCGAACAGAAGCAAUGCAGAUUUGUGGACGUGGGUCGUGCAGUCCGUUGACCGCAUCUGCCGGCAUCAGGUUUCGCUUCACAAAGUUCCAGCACAUCGCGCUCUGCAUAGCGCUACAACAAAGAAGGAGGCGUGGUUGUUCUUCCACAAUGACUUGGCUGACAAGGCGGCCAGACAGGCCAACCAGACACGGCCACCGGAAUUUUGGAAGAUUUGGGAGCGCCAUGCUCAAGAAGCAAUUCGGGCAGGCAACCUUUAUCAACAAGUGAAGGACCUCCACAUUGCAGUGGGUAGGCGACAGGUACAGGUCACUUCAACCGCGGAUCCUGUGCCUGAGCCUAUCCGCCCUACACGAGAGUUUGCAGUCCACUUUGAUUUGGGUACAUGGCAAGGUGAGAUGCCUCCUGGAGUUGGACGCCUUUUUGGUGUUGAGAUUGUUCGAAAGGCCAUCAGCUGGUUUUUUGCAAGGAUUGUGGUGGAUGGAGAUACGCCACCACUCUGGAUAUCUUUUCAUCAAUUAUACAUUGACUUCCAGCUCACUUGGGGACACCCUGGCCCGCUCAAAGUUCAAAGGCAAUGGGUGGACGUCGAUGCCCGUCCUUACAUCGCUGCCGAAGACCAUUCUUGCAGGGUUCGUGUGCGAUGGUUCCGGCAACUGUUGAAGGCUCUUUGGAAGGCCGCGGGUGUUACCAUUGCAAUGGAACAAUGCAGACCGCAUUCCGGCUUGUUGCAGGCCUACUUGCCCUCUGCUUCAGUCAAAUGGGAUGCCCGUGCUCUCCAGGAGACUGAAGCAUGGCUGAGUUCGACCUUGACGAAGCCCUGCACCCGCGAUGCCAAAGUUCUGGCCUCUCUGCCGCUCGCGGUGCAGAGAAUCAGUUACACCGCCGCCAUCGAAGCGUGCCGCGGCCUGGAUCCCGACAUCGCAGCGCAGACAGCGCUGGAACUUCUUCAGACGUGCGACGCAGGCAUCCGUGCGGAUGUCAUUGCGUUCAAUGCAGCCAUGAAGACUUGUGCAGGAGACUGGCAGCACGUGCUGCAGUUGAUGGAGAUGUUAGUUCAGUCGGAGCUGCAAGCCGAUGUGAUCAGUUACAACACAUCGAUUGAUGUGUACGGCAAGGGCAGCCAGUGGCAACGCUCCUUGCAGCUGCUCGAGGAUAUGUGCAGCUCAAGGCUCCAGCCAGAUCUCAUCAGCUACAAUGCAGCCAUCAGUUCCUGCGAAAACGGAGAAUGUUGGCAGGAAGCUUUGGUCCUGUUGGACGAGAUUGACUGGAUCCUGUCUUGCAACGUGAUUUCCGUGGGAGCUGCCAUCAGUACGUGCGGCAAAGGCUUCUUUUGGCGCCACUCCGUUAAGCUCUUGUCCAUCCUCCCGGAUCGUUCCCUUCGUUGUAACCUGGUGACCUUGGACUCCGCAAUCAGCGCCUGCGGUAACGGAGGAUGGCGCCCGGCGGUGGAGCUGGUAUGCCAAACGCGGCUGGAAGGCGAUCCUGGGAGGUAA